AUGAGACUUGAUUGCAACGUCUUAUUGGAAAAGAACGGAACCCCAUGGAAACGAGCCCUCCGUGGGUAUGUCUCAAUUGGGAAGGGCACCAUGAAAGGACCGACGUCAUCGAAGCGCUACUUCCUGAACGUCGUCACAACGAACACGAAAAAGGAAUUGCAAUUCCCGUUGGACUCGUCGGCUCCCAUUGAAAUCAUCACCAAAUUCGCCGCAGCUGGCCGUCUUUCGAUCAUGAUGAGCUCUGAGAGGUCUAAUCUGUUCAUCAGCAAAGCGAAUUCGUCAAAUCUUCAGAAGUUCAUUGCAUGUCUUUCAAAAGCGCUCAAAGGAGAGGAGCUCACUUUAACUGAGAUCAAAGCCGGUCAAAUCCCAGUGAUUGGACCUCGAUCAAUGACGGUUUCUGACAAGUCGCAAUACCCUAGUGAUGGAUUUCCGAAAAGCCUAGAAAAGUUGACGAUGGCCUCGUUGAAUCUUCAGAAGAUUGAUGGACGCUGGUUCUCGCUUUCUUUACUCACAGAAUUGAAUUUGGCAAACAAUCAACUCUCGAAAGCACCGAAUGUGGCACUCUUCUCAAAAAUCAAUCGUCUCCCAAAAUUGGAAUCGUUGAAUCUGAGCGGAAAUGGGCUCAGCUUUCUACCAGACGAGUUUUGGUCGUCUUUGCCAAACGGACUAAAAAGCCUUGAUCUCUCUAACAACGCUUUUUCUACGUUUCCCACCGGAAUUUGCAGGUUGAUCAAUUUGCAAACAUUGCGAUUCAACGAUAACCCGCUAAAUGGACUUUCCGAUGAGUUGUUUCGCCUUCCGUUGCUGAAAAAUUUGGACGUCUCCCGGAUAUUCUCCCAGCUGUUUUGGAUGUGUACGGCGGGCAAAAAGGGCUCCCGCGACACAGAAGACGAUCCGCCAGGAAACUCAAAUGGCACUCUACCAGGCGGAAGCACUCCAUCCAUAUGUGAACAUCGAGCAAAGAAGAACCAAUUUGGACGCAAGGCCAUAAGUGCCAAGUUCAAGAAAAUGCGAGAACUUCACUGUGAAAUCUGUGAUAGAGAAAAGGCGGCUGAUGCUAACACAAACGGAGUUGAUAAGAAGGAGCUCUUGAUGUGCACGGCUUGUUCGGAGGUAAUGUGUGUAACUCAUUCAAUUCAACAUCAACAAGCGACAAGAACCGGCGAUUCCCAUGCAAUUGUCAUCUUAUUGGGUGAUGAAUACAAAAUUAGAUGCUCCAAAUGUGAUUGUGAUUUGUAUCCACUGGAAAGCGGUGGUGAUCAAGUGAAAGCUUUGUUGGAUGAGCUAAAUUCGAAGCGGAAACUAGUGCACACUUCUUCAAAGCCAAUUACAUCUGAACCAAAAGCUGCACCAGUUGCCGUAGCAGAAGACGCGGAUGAAACUGGUGACGAAAAGUUUGAGAAAGAUGGGCGACCAGGCAGCAAGGAUAAAUCGCACAAAAAGGGAGAGAAGCGAGCACAGAAGGAUAAAGAAGACAAAAAGACUGAGAAACAGUCCGUCGGAAUAUUUUCAGUUCCCAAGGGAUUGGCAAAUCUGGGAAAUACUUGUUAUUUCAACUCAGUCACACAAUCUAUAAUGUUCACUUACCCGAUGUCUUUUUAUUAUGAAAGGUUUGGUAACGUUAAAGAGCUUGUGUUCUCCAAACAAGAGGUUGUAGUCGAUGAAAAGAAAGUGGAGAUCGAGCCGGCAAAAGCUACAAUAACGAUGGAGCAGAAGCCGCUUAACAUUGCCUUGAAGCAGUUGUCCCUUGAUUAUGACUUGGUGCGAGGAGGCUUGAGUCCGAACAAAUUGAUCUCGUUGGUUCAAAGUAAGGGGAAAAUGCGUGUUUAUCAACAACAGGAUGCUCACGAAUUGUUGAGAUACUUGUUGGAUGCACUACGCAGCGAAGAGACAGAUGCUUAUAAGAAAGGAAUUGCUAGCUUUAUUCUUAGCGGACAGGAGAAUCCGAAAAGCAAAGUCGAGGACGUUCAAACGAAGCGAAGGGCCAAAGCCUAUCUGGAAGCUUCCGGACGACCUUUGCUCGACUCGGUCUUUGGUGGACGUCUUCAGCAAACAAUUCGUUGUUGCGAAUGCGGGCACAUCAGUCAGCAACCUGAAAAUUUCUUGGAUCUCUCACUCCCUGUCCCAUCCGAAACUCGAAUGAUUGCUGGAAAAACCGCGGCACAGAGAAGGCGUAGUGUUAAUGGGGUAGUGGAAAACGGAAAAACAAAUGGGAAUGCUGAUAUUGAAGCUGAUUUGGAUGACUUAAAUCUCUAUUAUGAUGAGGACAAAGAUCCAGUUGGAUUCACAGAAACGCUUGUCCAAUGCCCAUCUGAAUUUGACUCGGGAAGAAAUGUUGGCCAUUUGAUGCAACUAUUUAUGGCCGAAGAAACCCUUGAUGGAGCCAACAAAUAUGAGUGCGAAAAAUGUUGUCAAUCCUAUAACGUGAAGAACGGGCUCAAAAGCACAGCAAAGAAAAAACAGAAGGCCAUCAAGCGUUAUCUGAUUUGGGAACCACCAGCCAUUCUGACACUUCACCUUAAGCGGUUUUCGCAGACUCAAUUUGGGCGAGGCGGUUUGCAGAAAAUUUCUGGUCACAUCGAUUUCCCCGAGAUCUUCGACAUUGCUCCAUUUUGCUGUAAAAACGUUGGGCGAGUGGCGCCUUGUCAGAAGAAGAUUCUCUACUCUGUCUAUGCCAUAGUGUGUCAUUCUGGAACAAUGCAUGGUGGACAUUACAUUGCAUAUGUCAAGAGCCGAGCUCGGAUUCCACAGGCAAAACUUUUUGUCGAAUGUGCCCGACUGCAGUGUGCCGAUGAGCUCUCAAAUUCGAAUGCCGAGCAAGUACAAGAAAAGCGAGAAGAAAUAGAAGGAGAGUUACAAAAGCUUGCCGAUACAACCGUUCAGCCACCAGAAGGUCAAUGGUAUUACAUCUCGGAUUCCACUGUUAGUAGGGUAUCCAAAGAGAAAGCUCUCGGCUCCGAAGCAUACAUCCUCUUCUACGAGCGAAUUUAU